ACGCGUGUGGAGAAUCAUAACACGCCCUAUAUAGGGAUCGACGGGGGUUGUGCCACAGUUUACAGAGGUGCACUCCAUCAAUCAGUGUGAUAAUCGGUGGCAUUUCUCGGUGAGGAAUGUCCAGAGAAGAAACGAUGGUGAAAGGAAGCAUGGACAUUGAUGAUGGCUAUGCCUCCAAGAGCGGAUCAGGCCGAGUUGGUAUGGUUGUUAUAGCCGUGGUGCUCACGGCGCUGGCCGUGGCCGCGGUGACGGUUCCCGUCACCUACUUCUUCCACCCUGACUACUUGAAAAACCAGAGCCCCGAACCCACCCAGGCUCCCCCGACCCCAACGGAGGCAGUCGACGACUACAUGAGGGUCAACUGUCACCCUGGAUGGGAGGAGGGGACGGAGGCGGAGUGCAACAGGAGGGGUUGCCGGUACUCCGCGCCCGUGGCUGACCAGGGGGCCCCCAAGUGCUUCUUCCCCAAGAACUACGGCGGGUACCGCAUGGUGGGCAAGGAGGCCGAAACGCCGUCCGGGUACCGAAUCACGCUGGACCGAAUCCCGUCCACGCCCACCCUCUUCGACGCUGAUAUCGGUAGACUCAUUCUGGACAUCGAAUUUCAGACCGAAUAUCGGCUACGAUUUAAGUUUUAUGAUCCUGCUAACAAGCGGUUUGAGGUCCCGUUGGAUAUGCCCCAAGCUUCUGGGACCAAGCCAGCAAGAAUGAUGUAUCACGUAGCCUUCACCUCAGAUCCAUUCACCUUGAAAAUAACUCGGAAGGACACUGGUACCAUUUUAUGGGACACGUCGUUGGGCCCCCUCAUCUUUUCUGAUCAGUUCCUUCAAAUCACCACCACCCUUCCCUCCUCCAAUCUCUACGGUUUCGGCGAGAAUGAACACCCGUCUUUCCGCCACAACAUCCAGUGGACAUCGUGGGGCAUGUUUUCUCGCGAUCAACCGCCGGGCGGUGAUGCCAAUCUGUACGGUGUCCAUCCAUUCUACAUGAGCCUUGAGGAAGACUACAAAGCCCAUGGGGUGUUGCUACUCAACAGCAAUGCGAUGGACGUAGCAUUCCAACCUACACCAGCUCUGACCUACCAUACUAUCGGAGGCAUUUUGGACUUCUAUAUGUUCCUUGGGCCCACUCCUGAGAACGUUGUUCAGCAAUACACAGAGGCAAUCGGGCGUCCCUACAUGCCGCCAUACUGGGCACUUGGUUUCCAGCUUUGUCGCUAUGGUUACAAUUCUUUGGACAGAGUUAAGGAAGUUGUGGCAGGCAUGCGCAAGUAUGACAUCCCAUUGGACAUACAGUAUGGUGACAUCGACUACAUGGACAGACAGAUGGAUUUCACCAUCGGCCAGAACUACCAGGGACUCGGGGACUUUGUGGACGAACUCAAAGCCAAUGGCACUCAUUACAUCAUUAUCUUGGAUCCGGCCAUUGCUGCCAACGAGACCGCUGGGUCGUAUCCCGCAUAUGACGAGGGCGUGACCGGUGACGUCUACAUCAAGGGUCCAGACGGGGAAAGUGACCUGUAUGGAAAGGUAUGGCCUGAUCUACCAGGCGUUGUUGUCGAUCCAAACCAAGACUGGGAUUAUCAAGUCAAGAAUUACCGUGCCUAUGCUGUUUUUCCUGACUUCCGCAAACAAAGCACACAAGAUUGGUGGACCAACCAAAUUCUUGCUUUCUACAACCGAGUCAAGUUUGAUGGAAUCUGGAUUGACAUGAAUGAACCCGCAAACUUUGUCGAAGGAUCAACGGAAGGUUGUACCGACAACAAAUACGACAGGCCGCCAUACCGUCCAAGAAUUUGGGGUAACUUGGCUGAGAAGACAGUCUGCAUGAAUGCCAUGCAACAUCGCACCAUUUCGGAAAAGACCAUGCACUACAAUAUGCACAGUCUCUAUGGUUGGAGUCAGUCAUCACCUUCCCUUGUCGCCAAUGAAAGAGCAACAGGCAAGCGAGGCAUUGUCAUCUCUAGGUCUACCUACCCAGGGAGUGGCAAGUACGUUGGCCACUGGCUGGGGGACAAUACAAGCAAGUGGCCUGAUAUGCACAAGUCAAUCAUCGGUAUGCUUGAGUUCAAUCUGUUUGGUAUUCCUUACAUCGGUGCAGACAUCUGCGGCUUUUUCCAGGACACCACCGAGUCUUUGUGUCGGCGCUGGAGCCUGCUAGGGGCAUUCUACCCCUUUGCCAGAAAUCACAACGGCUUGAAUAAUAUACCUCAAGAUCCAGCCUCUUUUGGGGAGGAAUUCGCCAAGGAUGUGAGAGACGUUCUUCUGAUCCGUUACACCUUGCUGCCGUAUUUAUACACUUUGUUCUACGAGGCACACACCAUGGGAUCUACUGUGGUUAGACCGCUUAUGCAUGAAUUCACCUCAGACAGUGUAACGUGGGACAUUGAUCGGCAAUUCUUGUGGGGGCCUGCCCUCCUCAUCAGCCCAGUUUUGGAUGAGGGAACAGAAUUUGUGGAAGUUUAUGUCCCUGAAGGACCUUGGUAUGUCUACCAAACGGGCACCCAGGUUAUUCGGAGCUAUGAGAAGACGACCGUCAGCAUGUACACCCCUAUGGAUGAAAUCAACAUUCACGUGCGGGGUGGAUGGAUAUUGCCCACCCAGGAACCGGCUAAUUCUACCGUGUACAGUCGCACCAAUCCAUUUGGACUGAUCGUUGCCCUGGACGAUUCCCAGAAGGCAACGGGGAAGCUAUUCUGGGAUGACGGCGAAACAAAAGGCACUAUUGAAUCUGGAGACUAUUUUAUAGCGAAAUACAUUGCAGGAAAUAGAGUCCUCCAAUCCACCAUCACGGAUCCCAAUCCAUCACUGAUGGCGGAUCUGGUGAUGGACGACAUCAAGAUCUGGGGCGUUAAAAGUUUGGUCAGCAAAGUCUUGUACCAGAAUGUAGAGCUGAAUUCCCUUAGGUGGAAUUUCAAUCAGGCUAACAUGGUCUUAACAAUCGAAAAUUUGAAUCAUCCAAUGACUGACAACAUCAUCCUGGAAUGGCAGUAGAGAUAAACCAAAUAGACUGACCCACUCACAGCUGACUGAAGAAAGAAGAUGGUUCUGCCGGCAUGUAAUUUCAAGGCUUCUCAGAUGUAGUUCAUCGCUCACACAGAGGCUUGAGGACAGACGGAAGCUUGUAGUUAACGAAUUCAGGAAAUCGUUUGACUUGAUGGCAAAAUUAAUUAGAAACAACAACAGCACAGGGUACCAGGUUACCUGACACCAGGCGCUGAUCAAGUAUUUGCUCAGUAAGGUUACAGUUGAACGAGCCAUACAUGCCCUUCAAACUACCCCGAUGUCUCCAAGGAUGUAUUUUGCAUCGCAGAGAUGUUAAUUUUAAAUGACAGGUUUUGCCCUUACUAUGACAUUUAUUCAACACUUAGCAUACAAGUGUUAUGGCAUGAAGUGUAAGGGUAAAACCAAUAAGUUGAAAAUUAACUACUGGCAUACGGAGACGAAAGUGAGGUUUUGCUUGCAGAACCGAGACUCCUCUAUAUCAUCAUUGCUGUGUAGGUUGCAUGAGUAUCUAUUCAAAAGUGCAAAGCUUGCCAGUGCAGCCUCUCUUUGACAUAGCAGAGCCAAUUCUGGUAUUACUAUGGAGUACCAGAGUGUGACGUCAUUUUGACCCAGGAAGUGUAGUGCAAACAAAUUGAGUACAUGUGUGCAUGUUGGUUUAUGUCCUAGUGCUUGUGCUAAUGCUUUUACCCAUAUAAUUGUGCACGUAAUGUGUUCACUUUGGUACUCUAUGCUGCAACUAAGAUAUGAAGGACCACCAAACACAGCUGAAUGAGGUUCGCUGGCAGAUAACCUCAAUACAAGCUCUACGACACGGAUGCAAAACAACUCCAAAAUGCAAUGCUAGAAAUCACACUCAUUUCUUCAGCUUCUCCUCCACUUUAUUUACAAGAAUCGAACAUUUUAUAGAAUAAAACUUGUUGUAUUUAAAGAACUGAAGCUUUGCAGUCACCACCCAUCAGUGGUAUCCAAAGAAAACUCUGACGAAUAAUUAAAAUUCAACAACUUUCACUUGUUUAGAAUGAGCUCCCUCUUGGAGAAGAAAUGAUAGAGAGUCAAGUUCUUUGGUUCUCAAUCAAUUAACAGGUGAAAUAUAGAUGCGAUACCAAAAGUCCAUUUUUUCACAACUGAGCUUUACAAGGAAUACUUAUGGUGAUUUUUCUUCCAAAAUACCCAGAAUUAGGAAUUAUUUUCCUGUUCUACUUUCAGGCAUUUUGGCGACACUUUUGUACUUGCUGUUUUUUAGACAGUGACCAUAAUAGAGUAGUUACUCUUGGUUUCAAUUUGGAUGAAAUUCGUAAGUUGUUUGUGUACAUAUCGUCUUUCUUUUUCAGGUCAUGCGGAGCUUAAUCAAUGAAAAGAAGAGAAAUGAUCGAUAACAUAUAUUUUAGCCAAUUGCAUUUUCUUUGUCACAUGAUUUAAAAUAAAAUGACCACGGCACAUUUCAUUUGAUUUGCAAAAAUCUUAUUUGCAUAACAUUAAAGGUUUCAGUGCUGUAAAUAA